CCAUCAAAUUACUUUAAGAGCUUAAAUAGAUAGGUGUUUGAAGAAAAUAAGUAUUGCUUAAUGUUUUCCAUGAGUUUCCGGAGUAUGUGUGCUACUAGUAUCGCUUUUUCUCGCCCAAUUAUCCAUUGGUUAUCACAAGAACUUUUCAACCCACUAAAGUCAAAAUACAUUUCAUUUCUUCUCCCUUGUUCUCAAAGUUUUCCACCGCUUUUCCGUUUCACGCGCCAAGGACAACACUAACACAUGGUAAAUGAAAAUAUUUUGAUAAAAAUAAAUAAAUAUACUCAACUUCCAAACCAAGCAAUGCAUCUUGAGCAUGUGCACAACAUAUUAAUGGGCAAUGCAAGUGAGUACAAAUCCAAUGAACCAACUUGUGCAAUGCAAUUAACUACUUCAAUGCUUUCACCUCAUAUUUUCAUACAAUUUUAUUCGUUACCAGAAAAAUAAAAUAAAAUGUUUAGUAAAGUGAUUAUUUCCUUCACUUGGGCAUUGUUACUUCUAAUUCCGUGCUCAAUUUUGAUAACAACACUCGACAUUCAAUCUUAUUAUCAAUCACCGGCGAUUGUUGCAACCGUUCCGUGCACCGGUAAAACUCCCCUGAGAGUUUACAUGUAUGAUCUCCCCCGCCGGUUCAAUGUCGGCAUGCUUAAUCGCCGGAAUACAACGGAAGCUCCGGUUACUGCAGUUGAUUACCCUAUGUGGCCCGAUAAUUCCGGUCUGAAGAAGCAGCAUAGUGUGGAGUAUUGGAUGAUGGGUUCGGUUAUUGGCGGUGGCGGGAACGGAAGCGAAGUGGUUAGGGUUUUGGAUCCGGAGCUUGUAGAUGUGUUUUUUGUUCCGUUUUUUUCUUCGCUUAGUUUCAAUACACAUGGCCAUCACAUGACGGAUCCGGAAACGCAGAUUGAUCGACAAUUGCAGAUUGAUUUGAUGGAAUUAUUAAGGCAAUCCAAGUAUUGGCAAAGGUAUGGAGGUAGAGACCAUGUAUUUCCUCUGACACAUCCCAACGCCUUUAGGUUCCUGCGCGAUCAACUGAAUGAAUCUAUUCAGGUUGUUGUUGAUUUUGGCCGUUCCCCCGAAGGCGUGUCUAAUUUGAACAAAGAUGUAGUGUCCCCAUAUGUACAUGUUGUGGAUUCUUAUGAAGAUGACGAGCUUCAAGAUCCGUUCGAGUCUCGUACCACGCUGCUUUUUUUCAGAGGGAGGACACACCGGAAGGAUAAAGGCAUUAUUCGUGCUCAACUCACAAAGAUAUUAGCUGGUUUUGAUGAUGUUCACUAUGAGCGAAGUGUUGCUACAGGAGAAAACAUAAAACUGUCAUCUAAAGGGAUGCGUUCAUCAAAAUUCUGUUUGCAUCCAGCAGGAGACACGCCUUCCUCUUGCCGUCUUUUUGAUGCAAUCGUGAGUCAUUGUGUUCCUGUUAUUGUGAGUGAUAAAAUUGAGCUCCCAUUUGAGAAUGAGAUUGACUACUCGCAGUUCUCAUUGUUCUUUUCUUUCAAAGAAGCAUUGGAACCAGGGUACAUGAUCAAUCAGCUUCGCAGUUUUCCAAAGCAGAAAUGGAUUGAAAUGUGGAGGCAGCUUAAAAACAUCUCCCAUCAUUAUGAAUUCCAGUACCCAUCAAAAAGGGAAGAUGCUGUUAAUAUGCUGUGGAGACAGAUCAAGCACAAGCUUCCGGGGAUCCGACAAUCUGCUCAUAGAAGCCGGAGGCUUAAAAUCCCAGAUUGAUGGAAAAGAUGAUGUUUAUAUCUCCGAGCAUGUUUCUGGAUAUUGUACAUUAGUUUUUCAGCUACAGCGGCAUCCCUGAAAGGGAUAAAUAUAUUGACACGGCCCACGAUCACUUCAAAUAUUAGAGAAUACUAAAUAGAGACUUUGAUAGCAUCUUAAUAUGUGAUUUGUUUUGGUCCUUGGCCUCUGGCUUGGAGCAUGAUGUUCAUCUACAUUCUCUGUGCCGACGGAGAUUCAAUUAUUUUUUUGUCACUUCAUGAAGUGUGGUGGCUGAUUCUCCUUUGUGUUGGUUGAAUGUGGACACUAGCUAGUUGAGCAAGUGAGAAGAUAUGCUCAGGAUUUAUGAAAAAGCCAAUUUCUUGUGCAUAUGAGAAUUGAAAAAUAUGGUAAUUUGAGGCUUUUGGGAAUUACUGUUAGACACAUAGAUAUGUACUCUGUAGGGAGAGUAGUGAAAAAGGCAUAAAAGAAAGAGAGUUCAAUAUUAUACUGUCAAUAUCUUGUUAUAAAACCAAUCAGUUUGUACAUACUACAUAUUUCAUGUUAUUGAAAGAGAAUAAUAAAUUUCUUUGUAAUUA